AUGUGGAAUACUUUGUGCUUGCAAAUGACAAAAACAAUUGGGUUCUACCCAAACCCGUUAGGAGAGCUUAAUGGGCCACACCCCAACGUCUCCAUCCGACGUUUAUUGUUUCACAUAGGACUGCGGGACUGCUCGCCGCCUGUCGUCCUCGUUGUUGACCAGUCACCGGGUAAAGGUCAUCACACCACCAUACAGGCGGCGAUCAACGCCGUCCCUGCCAACGGUGGCGCGCUCAUCAAGAUCAGCCCGGGCACGUAUAGGAAAAAAGUGGUGGUGGACAAGAGGGGAAUUUCUCUGAUGGGCACGGGCCCAAACGCCACCUCCACCAUCGUUACAUGGAGGGGACAGUGGAGUGACACCAGCCCGUCUGAGUUCCCUCUCUUCGUGCAAGGGUUAGCCUCUGACUUUGUUGCCAAGCGCAUAACUUUCCAGAACACGUGGGGGACGAGUCACCAGGCGGUUGCUGCGAGAGUUGACGGGGACAAAGCGGCCUUCUACGACUGCAGGUUCAUAUCAUACCAAGACACCUUGUUUGAUGCAGCAGGGCGUCACUACUAUCAUGGAUGCUACAUAGAAGGCGCCACGGAUUUCAUAUUCGGCAAUGGAAAAGCCUUAUACCAGAGCUGCCACCUGCACUCCACCUCAGACGUCGGGGGAGCUUUCACGGCGCAGGGGCGGGAAGCCUUGUCUAACAACACCGGCUUCAGCUUUGUGAGGUGCGACCUCACAGGAAGCCCCGGCAAGUCUGUCCUGGGCCGGCCGUGGCGACCGUACGCCCGGGUCGUGUUCGCCCUCUGCAACAUGUCUAACACAGUCGCGCCUGUGGGCUGGAUCGAGUGGUACGUGGAGAUAGGAACUCGCCCAAGGAAUGGUUGAUGCAUGGGUUAUAUAUAUAUACACGGUGAAGGAUCCAGGACAGAGGGCCGAGUUCCCUGGGCGCACAACCACCUGUCUCCAGCUGAAGCUCAACCAUUCCUUACCAGCAAUGCUUGGGUUGAUGGCCAAGAUUGGCUUCGCCCUCAGGCGUAG